CCCUCCACUUUCUCCACCAGCAGCGGAGUAGCUUCGAAGAACACAGCAAUGGCGAACUCUUUCAGGACCCUCUCCAAAACCCUCACCCGCUCAUUCUCCACCAAAUCAUCCCACCACAACCACCACCAGAAAACCCACAAAUAUUUAGAUCCCAACUCCUUCUUGGGCAGCUGGAAGACCCCCAACGACCCCAAAGAGGCCGAGAAGAAACUCGCCCUGUUGCGACGAGACUACGCCAAGCAAGUAAAAAAUGUACGCAAGGAGUACAUCCACGAGAUGGAGUUGCUGCGUCUUGAGAAGCUCAGAAAAGAAGAGGCUAGGAAAGAGGCUAUACGAGUUGCUAAUGAGGAGCGUAAAAGGCUUAAGGCUGAGGCUGCUAAGGUUAGAGCUCAAGAGCGUAUGGUUGCUGAAGAAGAGUUUCGACAAACCCUGUUGAAAGAAAGAGCAGAAAAGCUUGAAAAUUGGAGAAUGAAACGAACGCUACAUGAGAAUAAGAAGAAAGAGGCGAAAGAUCUAGUGCGUAGAAGAAGUUCCAUGUGGAUUGAAGAACAGGAAUUGGAGAGUAAGAUCUUUAGUGCCAUUGUUUUUUAACUGGUUUUUCCUUUAAAUUCGAAGAACAUAAAAUAAGGAUUUUAUGUGAAUCUAGUGACUAAUGGAAAUGUUUGUGUACUGUUUGUUUUUCUCUGUUAAAACCCUGCAUCAAUGUGGUUUGUUGGUAACAGCUUCAUUGAAGAUUUAUAGCAAGUUUUGGACUAUUAUUCAAGCAUGCAUAUAUGUACUUUAUAGGCUGAAUGCUAUUCAACUGUUCAAGUGAA